AAACAUUUUGAUAUCAUUUUUGAGCCAUCGAAGUCGCUGCAAUGUCAUUCUCUCCUGAUAAACAAUCAUCUGCCCAUCGAAAGCCCAUAGAGAAGACUCCUCAAAAAUUGGGUACAGGAAGUGUUUCUUCCCUGGAGCUACAUCGUGGUAGCACCUACUACCGAAAUGUCAAAGACGGUUUUAAGGUCCCCCUCUACCAGAACACAUAUCGCCUGGAAGGACACCACCGUUUCAACGGGGAAGUGGUCGACGGCAUUUUAAAAGAGACAAUGGACACCGCUUUAAUAAACACGAGAUACCACCCAGCAAAAUGUCUUAAGUACUGUCGAGAAAUCUCAUCAGAGGUUCGCGAACGCGUAUACAAGAAGAACUACGACCGGUAUAAGUUCGUCGUGACCAUCUCGAUAAUUGAAAAAACCGGACAAAGUUUAAACAUCGGCUUGGGACGGCUUUGGGACACCCAACGAGACACAUAUUCCAGCUACGUCUUCGAGAACAACUUCAUCUACGCCGUGGGGGUCGUUGUCGGGAUUUAUUACGAGUGACCUUCAAUUUUGAGUGCCAUUUAAUUUUGGGAAUCCUUAUCGAAUGUCCAUAUUUUUUUUUUCUCGGGGUUUCCCUGUGUUCUAGUCAGGACGAAAGGAGAGACCCCAUUUUAAAAAGGUCACGAAG